AUGCAAAUAAUUUUUUUCCUUGAUGGUGUAAAUUGUUUAAAUAGCACAAUUCAAUUUUCCGAAACUCAACAUAACCUAAUAGCAUACGAUCUUAAAACUUACGAGGAUGGAACAAUUUUAAUACAUUUGGAUCUCAACAAUGAAAAUUGCACUCAACCAAUUUUAUAUUUCCGACUGUAUUUUACAAAUGGAACUUUAAUUAAUUUAGAUAUUGAUGUUACCAAUGAAAUUCCUGGUUUUAAUUUCUGUAAAAUUUAUUCAGAAGGUGUCUAUCAAUAUUAUUUAGAUGUUUAUCCAUUAGUUGAACAAUAUAUUUUUGUCGCAUAUUUAAACUCUAGCGAGGUUCCAAACGCAAGUGUAUAUGGUUUACUCAUAGAUUGGAAAGGAAGUAUCUGGAGUAAUAAUUAUUUAAAUGUUGCAACUGUGAGUCGGGAUGGACUCGUUCAACCACCAGGACCAAUUUAUUAUUCUAAAUAUUUAAAGAAAAAUGGAUUUUUAUACGUUGGCUAUAAAAGCAAUACGAAUGAUAUUAUUUGGAAUAACGGUAUAAUAGAAGAUGUCAACAACAACAGCAAUGACAAUAGCAUUGAAGAAAUAAAUUUCUCGGGGUAUCCGUUAGCCGGCGGAGGAUUUUGUUUAGUCACAACACGAUCUAUAAUAAAUUUAAAUACUAACAAGCCGCUGAGAAAACGACAAAGGCCGAAAGGACCGCCGCCGCCACCACCACAACAGCCACAACAAGUUUUUACUAACGAAUGCUUGAAUGAUAUUGAAAUCGACCCGACUAAAGUUAAUUUUAGAAUUGACGCCAAUUUUCUCGCAAUUCCUGAAACUAGCAAUUUGAGAAACUCGGAAUCAAAUUUAAUAUUUCAUAGUCCAUUGCAAGAUUUACAUGUUCUUUACAUUAAAUGUAAUGUUGACUAUAGCCUUGGAGAUAAUUUAUGUCAACUUUUCUUAAUUAAAGGAGCUAACAAGUCGAAACCUUAUAACCUAAAAAUUUCAUUCACUUCUUCCGGAAAUUUGAAAAAAAUUGGAAGUUUAGAUACACCGAUUAUGAAUAAUGAUAGCGAGGCAAUAACCAUCACUCCACUGAUUUAUGGAGGAUAUCUUUUAAAUUAUCAUGAUUAUCGACAAAGCCUUGAUAGUCAAAGUAUUUACGGAUACAUUCUAAAUGCAAUCGGUAAUUACAUUGGACCUUGGCCAUUACAACAACCCAUGAAAACUAUGUCAAGAGGUUCACCGUAUGAUAUUCUUCCAAAUGGUACAAUUGUCGCCGUAGUUCAAACUCAACAGUCUUCUUGGACUUUGGUUUCUUCGAAUCCGUCCUCCGUAACAAAUAAAACUGAUCUUGGAAAAAUAUAUCAAAUAUACCCGGAAAUUGAUUCGAUAAUUCCUUAUAGAAAUACCGAGUUAAACAUAACAUAUAGCUUACCGGUCAAACUUUCAAUAAACAGGCUCAAUAUUUAUCAAUUGACCGAAGAUGGUUAUAAUCUCCGGCUAACGAUUUCAGCGCAUUCAGAUUUUUGUCAUUUGAGUAUUGAUAGUUUAACUGUAGCUGUCAAAGUAUUGCAAAGUACAUUUAAUCAACCCAGCACGGAUUAUUUUAUUGCUAUUGAUUCUGAUUUUGUCAGAGCUAACGAAACCCAUUAUCCAAUCGAAGGCAUUCAAAAAAAUGUUUGGAAAUUUAAAACUGGCCCAGUAACAGAAGAAGAAACAAAUACCGGACCAAUUGAUGCGCGACUUCGUUUAAAUACAGAUGGGACUAAUAUAUUUAACAGUUUAGCUGUUGAUCAAAAAGAUGAUUUUAUAAAUAAUAUAAUUAGAGAAAUGGCCAAUAUGAUUCCGGUUUCACCUGCAAGAAUAAAUUCGUUACAAACUUAUACAUACGAUACCAACGAUCUUCAAGAACAUCGUUUGGCCUUUUUUAUCAGAAUCGAGCGCUCAAAUGAUACUUUCGAGAUGAACUCGGAACAUAUUUUAGAUGAUAUUUAUUCCUUGAUCAACGCUACUGACAAUGGACCAAUUCCACAAGGUUUAUACACGAAAUAUUUAGAUUCUGAUGUCCAACAUUUCGGAUUUAACGAGGAAAUGGUUAUUCCGGUUAUUGGGUUUUCUACAGGUGUUGCAUUAGUUGGAAUUGUGUUUUUGGGUGAUUAUGGGUCGAUAUUUAAAUUCUUACUUUCAUUCGUGAGCAUGGUUUUAAAUAUAGCUUUCAUAACAUUCGAUGGUCUUGAAUUGGAAAUUCUUUUUAUUCCAAGCAUGGCAACAAUAAUAAUACCAAUUAUUAUAAAUUUAUUAAAUGGAUUAUCUAUAAUGAUUAAAGAAUCAAAUCAAUCAGAAAGUUUUAGGAAUUGGUUGGAAAAAAAUAUUUUUGUUGCAACAAUUUUUACUGGAAUAUCGUUUGUUGAUAUUUAUUCGUUGAGGAUCCUUUCUUCACGUGCUUUUCAAAGUAAAGAAUCAUUUUGCGCAUCAUACUCGGUAUUCAGUCGUAGAUUAAUUUAUUUUAUUGGAUUGGUAAACUUUAUAAUUAAAGAGAUUCCUCAAUUCUUUAUUCAGGCGUAUUAUCAAAUAAUGGUGGAAACAGAACCAUCAUUGAUAUCAGUAUACGCUUUUUUGAUUACUACUAUUGUUCUAUCAUUCAACUUAUUAUGGAUAAUUUAUCUUGUGAUUAAAUAUGUGAGAUAUAGGCCGAAUAAAUCCGAGGGUGACCAAGAUGCUGAUGAAUAUGGCAGUGGUGCUGAAAAAGAUGACGGAAAAUCACGAGACAAUGUUGAAUUGACUUCAGGAAAAGUUAGUUUAACAAGUUUUUUUAGAACUAAAAAAAAAAAUACAACUGAUCCUGUUAUUAGUACUCGUAGUAUUGCAAGUGGAAAUGUUAUUUUUGAAAGCGAUCAAUAUUUUGGUGUUGACACUAACGAUGAUGGUAGUAUGUUUGGUGAUGGAGGCAAUAUAACAACAAGAAAAGAAAUAAUAUCAUACGGCGAUGACGAUGUUCGAAGUAGAAGAAUUAGUAAUAGUAGUAACAUUGGUGGUUCUAUUAUUGGAGGAGAUAUAACCAGUAGUGAAAUGGUGGUUAGCAGUGUCGUUGGUGGAGAAAAUAUUAAAAAAAUUUUUAAAGAAGGAAUCGUCUACGUUGACGAAGGUGGUAAUCCCAUCAAGGAUCCUAUUAAAGAUGAUCUUCUCAAAAGAGUAUCUAAACAUAACGUUGUGGUUAUUAAUGAAGAAAGUAAAGUUGCUAGUGAAGGCGAAACUGUUUUUGUUGAGGAAUCGGAUUCUAUACCCUUAAUUAUAGAGAAAAGUUAA